GGGUUUGCUUGCAUUGUUUGGAUUCAUUCCAUUGUCGUCCACGGGCCACGCACAUUUAUAAAACUAAAUCUAAAAGUUUUUGUAAAAAAAACAUUUGUUUUUUAGUAGCGUUAGGGUAGGGGUAGGCCUAGUGAAUCUUGGUUAAUUUUGGAAUUUUGAUUGUCUUUCUUUAUUUAACUUUAAAAUAAAAGCUCCUAGUUGCUCUCCUCAAGGGGCAGGUUGCCUUAGGUAUUUCGCGUGGUUUAAGUUGUUAGGAUUAGGUAUAGGACUUUUGACUUGCGUGUUUUGGCUUGUGGUUAAGUGGUUUGCUCUUGAUGGUUUCUACCAGUUAACCAGGAGUUUCUACCAGUCUAAAUUUCAGGAAUUUUAAAUAUAGGCAUCCGCAUAGGCUAAGACUUUGAGAUUUUGUCCUUGAAGUUAUAAUGUUUUUCAUUCAUUUAAGUUAUCUUAACAAGGAAAGCCCUACAGUACUUUGGUUAUCGCAAAUUUAAUUUAGCAAUUGAUUCAAGUUUUAAAACCUCCCUUGUCUACUAAGUUAAGAAUGGAAUGCGAAGCUGUCAUCGUUGCCCUUGGCAUUUAUUUCAUGGGGGAUGCCUUGUACUUUUUAAAGAAGUGUUCCUGCUAUCUUCACCAAGCCUGUGUUGAUCACUUCAACAGAAAGCGCAAAUCUACAAUUGUACGGAAAAUCGGAAACUAUAGCACUUGGAUUAAAGCUCCUAGAUGCAAUGUGUCAAUUGAGCGGGUCACGAGCUCUGUGCAGUUAGAGAAUCGAAUUGAGGAAUUAGAAAAAGAACUACUUCAGUUGCAGCUGCAAGUUAGCAAUAUUUUACUCAAGAAAGACUCAAAAGAAACCAAAUACAGCAACAACGAUGAUGACAUUGUGACAUCUACAAGUUUGUCCCUCCCUCCUCCCCCACCCCCACUUCCUCCCCCACCCCCACCUCUUCCUCCAACUGGACUUCUUUGCAAUAUAACACCUCUAGUCAAGACUGUACCAAAAAGUGCCAAUGUCGUGAAAGACUCUACAUCCACGAUCAUCGAAGAGUUGUCCAAGAGGCCUCCCAAGCUCCGUCAUGUGGAACGGUCUCCAGGGGGACGACCUGUGCGUGUCACCCCUGCCUCCAAUGACCCAGCAGACGUACUAGCCGCUGUGCUUAGGAAGCGGUUCGAAGCGAUUCAUGGGGAAAAGCGAGAAUACUACAUGCCAUCGCCAGAAGGUUCAACCAAAACAAUGAUAACUGGACAUUGACUUGACUUGGCAUUUUAUUUCAUGUUUACAGUUGAAUGUUUUUAUGUUGAUUUUUGAAUUUUAUUUUAUUGUAAUUUCAGACUGGAAGUUUUACUGAACAGGUUGGUUAAUGUAUAAAGAAUGUUUGUAAACAGAGAUACAGUAUCUUAAAUCUAGUUUGUUUAGUGAAACAAAAAUCUUAGAUUUGAGUUUUUCCAGUUGUGUUUUCAAUAUGUAUUUUUUGAAUGGCUCAGUAAUGUUGAAUGGUAUCAAACAAAAAAGUACAUUUAUUUGUAAUUUAUUUUUGUUGCAUCAAGACUGUUUUAAGUCAUAAUUUACUCCAACCUUAUCUUUCUUUAAUUAAGUCCUGACUUCAUUUCCUUGAACUUAACUUGUUAAAUUUUUGAUUUUUUUUUCAAAUUGAGGCUAGGUAUCUAAUAGAUUAACAUAUUUUGUCUCUGUUAUUUUUUAUCAUGUUAAACCAAGAAAUACAGGUGUUUAUAACAA